AAAAGAGAUAGAUUUUUAUUCUAUAGAUUUUUACAGAAAUUCAUAAAAAAUAUAAAUGUUUAAUAUCAAAAUAAAUUUGCUAAAUUUUGCUGAUGUAAAAGUGUAACAUAUUAAAAAAAAAAAUGCAUUCAAUAUUAGAUAUUAACAAUAGUGUUUACCUCUAAAACCAAAUUUUUGACAAAAAACUGAGCUAUACCGCAAAAAAAAGUUGCGAAAAAUACUAAAUUGUGAGCUGUUAUGAAGAACGGAAAAGUUUUGAAGCAAUCGAUCUGAGGAUAAUUUAAAAUACAAGAUACCAGGAGUGGUAUUAAUUAACGGCAAAGUUAUAACAAAUAUCAAAAAUCUAAAAUGCCACCAAAAACAAAUCAUAAAAUUCGCAAUUUUCAAUCGCGAACAUAAUUUCAUUGAGUCCACUUACAAAAGGCCGUUGCGUGAAGCACACAUACAGCACUAAAACCUCCCAAUUGUCGAAAAAUGUUAAAUAAAACCCAAAAAUUAACAUUAGGUUUAAUAAUAUUAAUACUUGUCGAUGUUAUAUGGGUAUCAUCCAGUGAGUUAACAAAGUUUCUUUAUGAAUAUGAAAGUUUUGAAAAGCCAUUCUUUUGUACAUACUUUAAAACUUCUCUGUUUACCAUUUAUUUGAUGGUAAUUGGCCUAAUAGCUCCAUGGAAGGAGUCCUGCGACAGACAAAAUGCCAAUUAUUCGAUAAUGGAUCAAAGUACGGAUGAUGAAAAUUACUAUUCAACGCAUGCCUCUUUGAGUGAUCCCACUUUUAUACCGAUACGUUCAAAUGGCACUCUUUCGGGAACAGAAAGUGAUGACUCCAGUAUACGUUCAGUGCGUUUUAGUAAAAUGGCUGAAGUACGUGAAAUGUCUGCUCAUGAGGCCACAGAAGCUCUGAUGGCUCGUCUUUCGUACGCCGCCAGUAUGCGCAUUAGACGUCAGAAAUCUCAUCAUAAAACUGCUAAAACUGCAUUACUCUUUUGUGUUUUAUGGUUUUUUGCCAAUUAUCUAUACCAAGUGUCGUUGGAGAUGACUGAAACUGCAGUAGUCACAUUAUUAAGUUGUUCGUCAUCACUGUUUACCCUAAUACUGGCGGCAUUGUUUCCUUCCUCGACAGGCGACAAAUUUACAAUAACGAAAAUUAUAGCCGUUAUCAUGAAUAUUGGUGGUGUUAUAACCAUAUCAAUUAGCGAUAUUCAUGAUACGAAAUUCUCACGUGGUGCUCUAUUGGCUUUGUUCAGUGCAUUUUUCUAUGCUGCCUACUUGGUAUUUGUGAAAAGAAAAAGCGAUACGGAAGAGAAAUUAGAUAUACCUUUAUUUUUUGGUUUUGUAGGUCUCUGGAACGUAUUAUUAAUGUGGCCGAUAUUUUUCAUAUUAAAUUUUACAAAAAUCGAAAAAUUCGAAUUACCGAAUCAAAAUCAAUUUGGAAUAUUAAUUUUAAAUGGUUUAAUUGGUACCGUAUUAUCAGAAGCGUUAUGGCUUUGGGGUUGUUUUUUAACUUCUUCAUUGAUUGGCACAUUAGCCUUGUCCUUACAAAUUCCGUUAUCCAUAUUAUUCGAUGUCAUUUUAAAAAAGAAAUCUUACACUCCGAUUUUUUAUGCAGGUUCAAUACCCAUAUUUAUGGCUUUGCUUUUAGCGGCCAUUUUAAUGCGUAAUGAUGACACUGACCCUUUGAUGCGUUUAUUAAAAAUAAUUUAUCGCAAACUAUUUAGUUGUAAAAAGCCGAGCAUAGUAAGAAUAAAUGAUGAAGAGCAACAAGAAUCGCUUAUAGGAAGCAAUGACUGAAUUUUUCGAAGAAAGUAACGUCACAAAAUUGCUCAGUGUAAUUCUCAGAUUAUAAGAAAUCAUUCUAGUGUUUUUAUAUUUUAAUUUUCAUUAAAUAACGCACAACUUAUUUUAAACCAUCAAAUGAAUCUUUAUUUUAUAUAAUUUAUUUUCUCUUUCUCGUUUAAUAUUCUAUAAUAUAAUUAAUUACGUGAUCUCUUCCGUCUCAAGUUUUAAAUGUUAUUUAG